GAGGGAAGCAUAUCCACACGCAGGAAGAUCUAUCAAAUGUCAGGAAGAGAAGGUCAUCGUGAAGGUUUGACUGAUAAGAGAACAGGAACAGCAGGAAGAAGACGACAAGUGUAAUCAGCUGAUAAGAGUGCAGUUUGUGUAUGAGAUAGAGAGAUCAUCUGUGAGAGAGUGGGUGGGUGUGAACGCCAGAAAGGAACACAGAGAGUUGGUGUUUGUGUGUUCUGCAGUUACUCGGGGAGCAACUUUAGGACGGAUGGGAGAACAUCAAAGUAGUCAGAAGCGACAGACAGCCAAUGGGCAGAGCUGAGGUUCCAGACAAUGACCCAGGAACAGAGGCACAUUCAUUGGGCUCCUAAAUUAGAGCAGCCUCCCUUUCUCUGGUCCUCCCUAGCAGAUAUAUGAACACGCAAACCGUUCACCGACUACACUGGUUCUUUUGCCGUUCCGCGUGGUUCCGGGUGGUUCUGUGCAGUUCUGUUGCAGUGUGGUUCUAAAACAGUGCACCAGCUCCCUGACUGUGCCUCAUGAUGAAGAGGGAGGCGACAAAUUUGCUUGGAGGCUCUGAAUGGGACUUCACAAUUCAGGAAUGUGUGUGUGUGUGUGUGCGCGCGCGUGUGUGUGUGUGUGUAAGUGUGUGUGUAGCCAUUGGCAAGACUUGGAAGCCCCUCUCUUGUUCCUAUAGCAACCAUGAUGUAAGCCCAGAGGGGCAACUUUGUCCCGUCUCUCUCCCCCUCGCCCUCCCAACACUCCCCUUUCCCCCCCUCGCUCCCUCUCUCUCUCUUUCUUCCCAUCGCAUGGGGCCGAGCGAGGCAGCCGGAGCUGAAGUGACGGGAGUGGGAAUGAGCAUCAGGGUGGCGGAGCGCGGUCGCUGUUCAGGAACGUCAGGAGGUUUUUCUGUUCAGGAGAGCAGGAGGAGGAGGAGGAGUAGGAGGAGGAGCAGAGCUCUGCUGACGCUCACAAACACUCACCUGUGUUUCUGGAGCUGAAGGUUCCAGCCCCGCCCCUCUGAUGAAGGCAGCCCCUUUGGCGUCAUCCAAGAGUUCUCUCCUACAGUGGUGUCAUGUCUGACCAGCGCAGCCACUCAUUCCCACAGCCAAACGGACAUGUUGGGGGGUCCAGCCCCGGAACCGCCCAGCCAAGCCCCAGACAUGCUCAGCUUGGCUCCCCAACCGGGGCCUCCAGCUCCAGACCUGCCCGGCAGAACUCCCUCCCAGAGGGGACCAGCUCUGGACGGGACUCCGGCCUGCUGUGGGCCCAGACCGAGGAGCUGUUUGAGCUUAUCGCCUGCUCCCAGAGCCAGCGCCUGGACGACCAGAGGGCCAGCGUCAGCAACUUCCCCGAGCUGGACCUCUCCCUGCCCAGCCUCGGUCAUCGCUGUGGGGCCUGCAGCGUCCAGGGCCCAGGCGAAGACUUCUUCGACAUGCUCGUCAAAUAUCAGUCUUCCAGGAUAGAGGACCAGAGGUGUACCCUGCCCGACCCGGGAGGUUCUGACGCUGGUUCUGAGGGACAUGAGGACUUGUUCAGCCUGAUCCAGCGGGUCCAGGCCAGACGCAUGGACGAGCAGCGGGCCCCGCUGCACACAGACGAGGCCCAGGCCAGCGGAACCCUCCCAGAAGCGAAACCUGCCCCUAAACCCAGCUAGAACCAGGAUCAGCUAGAAGCUUCUAGAACCAACUGCCAACAACCUGCCAGAACACAGCGAACCAGAAUCAGAUCACUUGGGGGCGCUGCUGAAUAAGACAGCACGCUGCUUAGAGAGACUAAAUAAACCUUCCUCCUGGACUUUUGUGAACUUCCGAGCACACAAGUAGUGUGAGCUUCGUGUCACUUGUUCAUUCAUACCUUUCACAUCAGGAGUCUGUGUGAAUUGAGGAACCAGGGUAUAGAUAGAACUAGAAUAGCUCGCUCUCUGCAUGUCCUGACUUUAAUAGUUAGAAACAGAAACCAUGAGAAGGCAUGGACAUGUAGAAUUGCAGGUUGCCUUCUCGGCCACACGAUGGCAGUAUAUAAUUGUUAGUUUGAUUGUAAUGUGACCGUAUCAGAUGAUGUUACUGACUCAACAUAUGAUGUACAUCACUGUUUCUCAAAACCCACACUGUUACAUCCCCAUGCCUAACCAUAAGGACAGGUUUAAGCUGGCAGCCUAUGUACUCUGUGCUCAUCUCUGUUCGGCUCCCCGGCCACAGGUGGGUAGGAUGUGGUAACUUGGGUUAUAAACCCAAGGCCCGACGCUGUCAUGUUUUAAAUAAAGAAGGGAGAGGAGUUCUUCCAUAUCAAAAAAGGUG